AUGCCCGAGUGGGGCGUGCGCGCGCACGGUGGGAGAAUCGCGGUGGUGGUGCCAAACGGGCCCGAACUCAUGACUUCUUUGAUGUGCGUGUUGCAGCGACACUGCGCGGUGCCCAUCAAUCCGGUGACGACGCAAGAGGAGAUUGAAGAAGAGCUGUUGAAUACGAACGCGAAAGUGUUGUUGUAUCAACGUGACGGGGGUAAGGGCGAUGUUAAGAUGCGUCGGUUGUGCAAGAAGCUCAAGUUGACGCCUUUGAUCAUCACGCCGAGCCCGACAGUGGCGGGCGAUUUCACUCUCAUCGGCGAUCCGUACGGCUUAGCCACAGAAGAGGACUCGGCUGGGAACGACAUCGAGCUCAUGCAAGCCGACCGCUUGGCUUUGAUUCUACACACGUCUGGGAGCACGGGGAAAAAGAAGGUUGUUCCCAUUGCGAUGUCGCAAAUCCUUAUCGGCGCCGCCGCCAUCGCGGCGUCUUGCGGCUUGAAUGAAGACGAUAUUUGCUGCAACUUCAUGCCGUUGUUCCACGUCGGAGGUAUCUUAAGAAAUGUACUGGCGCCAAUCAUGUCCGGUGGAUCCACGGUUGCUAUGCCUUUCUUCGAUGUCGACAACUUUUGGGAAGUCCUCGAGAGCAAAAAGUGCACGUGGUACUACGGCGCGCCGACUAUGCACAUGCUCAUCGUAAAGUCCGCGGAAACCAUGGCGAAGAACGACAAGGGAUCAGUAAAGACAUGUGUGAGGUUUGUCGCCAACGCUGCGGGCCCGUUACAACCGGCGACCGCGACGGAACUUCGACGCUUGUUCAACAACGCCUCGGUUUUGCCUUCGUACGGUAUGACGGAGUGCAUGCCUAUCUCGUGCCCGCCCAUGGGAUACGCGUUAGAGCGCCCGGGGACUUCUGGUCGAUCAAUCGGGCCGGAAAUCGGCAUCAUAGACGAUAGCGGUAAUCUUUGCCCUUCUGGUGCGGUUGGGAACAUCAUGGUGCGUGGCCCUCUCGUGUUGACCGGGUACGAGGGCGAAGCGCCCGGUUCGAGCGGAUUUGAGCCGGGAGGCUGGUUUAACACUGGCGACAUGGGUAGGAUGGAUGAUGAUGGUUAUUUGUACGUCACUGGUCGGACGAAAGAAGUCAUUAAUAGAGGAGGGGAAAUCAUCUCGCCGGUUGAGAUUGAGGAAGCGCUCGCGUCGCUACCGGCAGUGUCUGAGUGCGUCGCCAUCUCUGUCCCACACGGUACGCUUCAAGAAGUUGUUGGGGUCUUGGUUGUUCCAGUGAAAGGUGGACAAGUUCCCGGUAUGCGGCAAAUCGUACAGCACGUCGCCAAACGUUUGCCACCGUCCAAGUGGCCGCAGUGCCUUAUUUUAGCGAGUGGCAUUCCGAAGUCCAUCACGGGAAAAGUGAGUCGCAGCGUGAUCACUAGGCAGCUGCGACUACCUUCGCUCGAAGAUGGUAUGCGGGAGUUAGAAACAACGUUUGAAGCAGACUUUGCGGACAACGCCCUCUCUGGGGCACAGGCAUUGAAUGUAGACAACGCCUCGUCAGAAGUCGUGCAAGCGCUUCUUCUAGUGCCUGGCGUCAACGACGCCGGAGCUUGGAUGGAUAGCACCGGCUCAAUCAUCGCUGUCGUUACCCCGAAAACGCUCGAUGCGUCAUCGGUGAGCUCGGCAUCCACGCGUUACCUUCCUGGUUAUCUUGAACCAAAGGAAAUCUUGCCCGUGGCGUCAGUCCCACGAGAUGCGCAAGGCGCCAUCGAAGUUUCCAAAGUUUACGAAAUGAUGCGCCAAGAUUUGACAGACGCUCCAGCGAACCCCAAUCAAGAGCUUCUCGCGCAUUUGUGGGGCGAAGUGCUCGGUACGGAUUCGAGCAUGAUAUCCAUCAAGGAUGAUUUCUUCCUGAGCGGCGGCUCGUCCAUUGCGGCGGGUCAACUCGCGGGUUUGAUUCGCAAGAAGUUUGAAGUCAACAUCACCGGAGCGGAUAUGUUCGAGCUUCGCACGAUUCAAAGAAUUGCGCAGAUGAUCGACAAGCGUACGAAGGAGGCGGAGAGCUCGGAUAGUAAGCCGACGCACGCUCCACGACCCGUCGGCCCGGUUGACUGGGUCACGCCGAAGUCAAGCUUGGGCAUCAUCCCGAGCAUCGUGCAGCUAAUGCCCUUGUACCUGAUCAAGCCAUUCUACAACAUGGCACGUUGGGUUUUGUUCUUGAUGUGCUGGUCGCACGUGUUCCACUACCUCGGUCCGAGCUUGCAUUGGAUGAGGCGCGAGCACUUCAUGGCUAAGGCUCAAAAGUUUGGCAUGAAUGAGGCGCAUUCGCACUUUUACAGUACCGUGCAGCUUCUGUCGUUCUUCGUGGCGAUAUUCUUUGUAGCUUUGAUCGUGUCGAUACUGUUCCCACUUAGCGCGAUCGUGUUCAAGUGGGUAGUGUUGGGGCGAUUACAAGCGGGAUCGUAUCCACUUUGGGGGCAGUACUACUUGCGAUGGUUCUUAGUCGAGCAAGUGACCAAGAUUGCGGGUCUCGGCAUUUUUGAUCUUUCUCCAUGGUUGUUCACUUGGUACAUGCGCAUGAUGGGGGCUUCGAUUGGAAAAAGUUCAUAUGUUAGCCCGAAAGCCAUCAUCGGCGACUUUGAUCUUAUCACGAUUGAAAAGAACACCACUGUAGAUGAAGGGUGCAACAUUCGCGCCUUUGAAGCGCGUCGCGGCGGUAUGCGUCUGUCGCCAAUUUUCAUCGGUGAAGGUUGCACGCUGUGCGUCCACGCGGUGUGCGGGCCGGGCGCAUACGUUCCAGCUGGUUCGACACUUGCCGCUUUCACAUCCUGGAGAGAGAUGGAUCCGCAACAAGUCCGGCCCGUGAGCACGAAAACGGCACAAAUGCACUCGGAAACGCCGCGGUUGGCGUCGCGUUUGUUCGUCGCGUUUCCCAUCGUUUUCACGUGCUUCUUCGUUCGUUGGCUGCCGUGGCUCGACACACUUGACAACGACUACGACGCGCUCGAAGUGUUCGUCACGCUGCUCGGGCGUUUGAGCUGGACGGAUUGCAUCGAAUGGUUUAUGGACCCGUUUCGGCUGGGUUGCAUAGCGCUUGCGCGUCUGAUGCACGCGACUGCCGGCCCGUUUGUACAGCUUUUCGCGACGAUUCUAGUCAAGCGCGUCAUCAUUGGUAAGUUUAAAUCUGGCGGCUUACCGCAAGCGCCGGCGGCGCGCGAGUGGGAAUUGACACGUCGCUACAUCAUGCGUAAACUUUGCCCUAAUGGCAAGUUUUACGGUGCGACGGAUCUACUAGGUAAGCAUUACCAGUACACAACGUAUAUUUACCGUGCGCUUGGCGCGACGGUUGGUGAGCGCAUAUUCUGGCCAGGCUCUGGCGUCAUCGUCGGGGACGGAAUGUACGAUCUUUUGCACAUAGAAGACGAUGUCGUGUGGGGAUCACGUUCUGCGGUGUAUCCAGCAGAUACCAUCGGAGCUCUUCCCAUACGUAUUCGGCGUGGCGCGAACAUCAGCGACCGUUGCGUCAUCUUUGGAGGCGUUACUGUGAUGCCGAACGCGUGCCUCGGCUCUGGGAGCGUCGCCGCUCGCAAGAUGACGAUUGCGAGCGGGUCGAUUUGGGUCGGCAGUCGCAAUGGCGUAGCCGUACAACUCGACCCUGGCGGUGCGUCGAGUAUGAUGGAUGAGCGCCAGACCGCGAAGCCAUUCGGACGUGCAACGUACUUGGGACAAGCGACGUACCCCGUCGUCCCGUGGUACUUCAUGCCCGUGAUUUGUAUCAGCGUGCAAAUUUUCAAAGCCGCCGCGAACAUGUUGCCGAUUUACGUCGCGUGGUACGCCACCGCGUACAUCUCCAGAGUAUACCUUGACGAAGAUUGGCAAACUCUCGACGCGACACGGUACUUGAGCAUCUUGUUCGUCGUAUUCUUGAUUUUGCGCGGUGUUCAAACGACGUUCAAUCUCGUGAAUUCCAUCUUUCUGAAGUGGAUCAUCGUCGGUCGACGCACGCCCGGAAACUAUCCGUGGGACACUAGUUCGUAUUGUUUCCGCUGGAAACUGUGCGAUAUCAUGAGCGACACGACAGAUUUAAUGCUUCUCUCCGGAAGCGAACAUUUGUGCCGAUACUUCCGCGCGAAAGGAGCCAACAUUGGGCAGAACGUUUGUUUGUACCCCACGGGAGCGGAUCCGCCCAUGCCCGAACCAGACUUGGUCACUAUUGGCGACGGCGCGUGCAUCAAUUUCGCCCACGUCAUCGCGCACACGAAUACGUUGGGCGCUUUUGCGCUGAACAACAUUCUCAUUCGCGAACGCUCGACCCUCUGCAUGGAGAGUCGUGUCAUGGGUGGCACGAAAGUCGGAGCAGAUUCCAUUCUCCUCGAACACACGCUCGCAAUGGUGGGUGACGAUGUUGAACGCGGGGGGAUCUGGCAAGGAUGGCCCGUACAAAUGGUUUUGAAUUCGUGCGAACGCCCGCGCGGAAAGUCGUCGCCGUCAGGCCCCGAGAAGGCAAGUCCGAUGGCCAAAUCAUAUGGGGCCAUGUAAAUACUGUAUCUACUAUAGACACAUCACAUAUUCUAUUCGUUUCAAUUUGGUU